CGGAAAAGCUCGAUUUAUUCGGAAGUCGCUGCCCAGAAAACUAUCGUGCAUCAACCCCUCAGUGUUACCCCCUUCCACCACCCGGGGAGGGGAUUGUAGUUCCAACCAGCAAUGCAAUGGUAGAACCCGUACCAUAGCUUAGUACAUGUUUCAAAUUGGUUCCCGCCUAAAGUUAGUCAAUUUAUGGAAUUUUGCGUGCCAGCAAAGGAGGUGUUGAUCGUGUCGUAGAUACGAAACACGGUUUGCCAGUUCUUCCGACGAUAUAUGACCAAACCGACGACAGCGGCCGCGGAAAAUCUAGUUAAGGCUGAAUGAGAACUCAUCAUCAUUUGAUGGGAGUGAUUUAGUGUUGUGUCUGUGAUUGUUAUCCGGUGCAUCCUUGCACAUAGUGCAAUGAAAUAGUGAAAAAAAAUGGAGCAAAUUUAAAAAUAUAGAAUUCAAAUCACAGAAGUUUUCAUUUCACAAUACAAAUGGCACGUACCUGGAAUUUGCUAUAGCUUCCUGUGAUUGAGCUUUGAUUGUGUGUAAGAAGAAUUAAAAACACAAAACAAUAUUUAAUAAUACUAAUAAUAACAAUGUCGAAGCUGAAACUAGUCGGCGGAAGGCCAAUCACCAUGGAUGAAGCUAUUGAACUUCGUCAAACAGUUUUUGGCUCCGCAGCAAGUCCACCGCGAGGCGAAUGGACCCGCACCGGAAUCAAUUUCGGUCCCGUCAAUGGAGUGUUCCUUCCUUUCGUUACAGGAAUACCCUUACGGGCUCAGGACGCCUAGAAACGCCACCCGCGGAAUGCAAUCGGUGCUGCAAGCCUUCAUCAUUAAGCAUUUUAUAUUCGACAAUAAGCCUAGAGAAAAGUCUGUGCCACUGGAAGAUCUGCUGAAACCUACGGAAGCAGAGCAAGCACAAGCAUUAUAUCUGGCGAUUUCGGACAUUCUGUGGAACAUUGGUGAGAAGACCAAAUCACUGAUUGUACUUCCCGGGGAGGCCUCGCACAUUCCACAUAGCCAUGUCUACUUCCAGGAUAACGUUACGGAGAAAUUGUACUUCUUCGAGUUCACCAAACUGGACGAGAUGCAGAUCUUCAUGAAGCGCUACUUGCCCUACUUCACAGAGAAUCCUGGCCCGGGAGCGUUGCUUUUACUCUACAGUGCCGUCAUGACACGUGGAAUGGAAAACUUGCGAACUGAUCUAGAUGCGCCAAAGGGUGCUCAUUUGAUGGGACCACACGAGGAAGGGUCACUGAAUGUUGUUACAUUACUGCUGACAGGACGUGCAACACCCUACUUGCAUAACGGAGUCGUAUACGUGGGCGAUGAAGAUCACUACGCUCUACCACAGUUCGGAAUUCUUGGUCGCGGCGCGAUCGGUCUACUAAUCUGGGAAGGUGAAAACGAAGCAAUGCGUUCGGCGUCUCGGCAGCCGGGAUCCCGCUUGAAAACACCCGCCACACCGGUUUGGGUAAGCUGCUGCUGUGGUCACUACGGAGUGCUGUUCAACUCCAACCGUGAACUGUUGAGAAAUUAUCAUGCCGAAAAACGAUUCGAGUUGCACUAUUACACCUGUGCCGGUUGUUACCUUUCGAUGACGGUGGACAACCGACAACAGGACGAAGGAGUGGACGAUGGAGAACAGGAUGGUGAAAGGAAACAGAACGACAUGAGCUCCUCUCCGCUGGAACGGUUGAUCCAUACGAAAUGGAUGGAAGCAAAGAUUGCCUACCACGGGGCACUACCGGCGUCAUUGAAUUUCUAGAUGUCUUUAGAAAUUUGCAACUAAUCUCGCUCUAGCCUAGAUUUAGCUGUACGUUUUGCAAUUUGAAAGUUCGAUCUGAAAAGGAAUGAUCUGAAUUACCUACUUGUAAGCAAAACGUACAAACGAUUAGCGCACUAAUCAUCCAAUAGAAAUGUUUUGAACUCUAAUGUUAUGGAUGUAAAGUAAUGCGAAUCAUUGGGUAUUGCCGUUUCCUGUUGAUUAUCAAACCCUACAUGAAACUAGUAACUGAGUAACAUCAGGAACUGUAGAGCUUUACUCUUCGUUUCAGCGAUGAAACAAAUCUAGUGCAAACCGCAUAUCAGUCCAAAUACAAGUUACAUGAACCAAAA